AUGGAUUUCUCCCUGUCUCACCUUCAUCAUGUAGCAAGUGGAGUUCCUCAAGGCUCUGUCUUGGGGCCAACAAAUCCGCGAUUUACAUACAAGAUCUCUGACCACAACAUCGAAGCAGUUUCGAGCCACACUGAUCUGGGCGUUGUAAGGUCUUUCAAAGGAUCCGAUGUCAACACUUGCGCCUACAUUUACAAGGCAUUUGUGAGGCCAAUUCUUGAAUUCGCUGGCGCGGUAUGGGACACUGUGCUUCUGCGCGAUAGAAAUCUCGUCGAAUCGGUACAGCGUCGGGCUACUCAUCGCCUUGAAUUAUUCAACCUGACCUCAUUCUCUGAGCGAAGACUUCGUGGCGAUCUUAUAGUUACGUUCAGGAUACUUCAUGGUUUGAUGGGCACCAACCUCAUGCAUCUAUACCAUCUGUCGCGCAGCAAUCUACGCGGACACAGCUUCAAACUGCAUAAGGAGCCAUUUAAAACAACAUUAAUAGCUUCAAAGUGCAGUAUGAUAGCUGGAGGAGUAAUUCAAACGUGGACCCAGGAAAACGUCGAUGCUGUGCGCAAACCCAUCAUUGAAGAUAGACAUGUGACAUAUCGCGCGAUUGAGGCGUCCUUGAAGACCUCAAAGACCUCAAUUCAAAAAAAGCAGAAAACAGCCAGGGUUAAUUGGUGUCAAAAAACGCUUGACCGUUUCAAUUUCGGAAACUCAAAAAAUCUAUACAGCAUUGUUAGUGGCGAUAAAUCGUGGAUUUACUCGGGUCAUAUUGCAACAAUUCCUCUUAAUGAGCAAAGACCUGUUACUGCGGGUUGGUAUACCACCAUUUGUUUGCCAAAAGUCAUCACCGAGCUUCGAAAAAUCAACCCCGAAAGAAGGAUUAUCCUCCACCAAGACAAUGCAAGCUCGAACACAGCCCAAAAAACGAGGCAGUAUUUAACGGAAGAAAACGUGGAAUUUUUGGACCAUCCUCCAUAUAGUCCCGAUCUAAGUCCUAGCGAUUUCUUUACUUUCCCGAAACUUAAAAACAGACUGCGUGGUCAAAGGUUCCAGUCACCAGAAGAAGCAAUGUGUAUUAAUCUUCGUGGAGAAUACUUCGAAAAACAAUAA